CGGAGACGCGGUGGAUGUUUGCUAGAGAGUUCUGUCGUGUUUGGAGUGUUGGGUUUGGUGGAGGCCUGUUUCGGGAGGGGAUGAUUCUUGGUGAUGAGGCUUUUGUGAUGUGUGUGGAGAGUGUUUUGGAGGCAGGCUUGUUUUAUGUGACUAGUGGUUGUUGUUGUUGUUUUUUUGUCGGUGUGUGUGUGUGUGUGUGCGAUUUGAAGUUGAGGUCGGGGGUAUCGUGCUCAGGAUUUUGCGAUCCGUGGCGAUCUCCUACGAGCAGGCUGUUUCCUGGUUAGUGAAGCUCGAUCGCUGAAGGCGGGAAGGCUUUGUUUGGGCGCUGCGCUGGGGUAGAUAGCGACAGGGUUUCGGAUGGGAAGGUGGAUCUACGAGGCUGUGGUGUGGGGCGAGGGACGUUUCUUGCGAAGAAGCUGCAGCAACUUGUCAGCCUAGGCGCCGUUGCGAAGGAAUUCGAGGGUGGGACACAGGAGUUUGGAGGACGUGUUGCAUUGGAUUGGGAGACAGGUGGUGAGGCGACAUUGUAGGGACGGGCUGAAUUGUAUGUGAGGUAUUUGUAAAGAUGAAGUGAGCACGAACAGUGGGGCAGGUAGAGUCCGAAGGAGGGCCUUGUAUUCGAUCUGAGCAUAACCGCGACGUCAUAAUCACAGUUCAUGGUAUAUAGGAAUUAGAGUCGAUGGAGGAUCACGGCGGAGCAGUUGGAGGGUUGUCUUUGGAGAAAGUGCACAGUCGGGCGCGAAGAGCGUUGUUGAUGGUCCGGGAUGGCUUGGAGAGGUUGGAGCGAUUAGAGUUGGCGGCGCAGCAGCCUAGCAGCAGCAGCAGUCCUAGCUACAGAGGUAUAGGUGGCUUACAGGACGCGCAACCAACGGCGCCAGAUAUCGUGGAGAACCUGAAGAAGGAGAUUGGUGAGCUGCAGGUGGCUAGUGCUGACAUGGAUAGGAUGUGGCGUAACCAGGUGUUGGCGAAAGGGCAGCGGGACCUAUGGAAGCGACGUAUUGAGCAAGUUGCUGAGGAGGUUGAGUCGCUGAAGGCUGGUAUUGAUCGGUAUCUACUGCGGCAGCAUCGACGGCAAGUUGAAGCUCAAGAGCGUGCCGAGCUUUUUCGUCGGACUAGAGGAGACGGUGCUCACAUACUACAGGUACAUGAUAUUGAAAUGCAGGCUCUGCAAUCCGCGAAGAACUCGUCACGAAUGUUGGACGAUGCUUAUGCGACGGGAGUGGCUGUUUUGGGGCAGUAUGCAGUGCAACGGGACCGUCUGAAAUCUGCGCAGCGAAAAGCAUACGAUGUGUUGAAUUCUGUGGGAUUGGGCAACAAAAUGAUGCGAAUGAUAGAGAGACGGCACAAAGUAGACCGAUGUAUCGCUUAUGGGGGCAUGGUUUUUACAAUAAUUAUCGUUCUUUUUGUGAUCAGGUGGGUGCGGUGAAACGAUACAAUUUUUUAGGAUUUUUUCCAGAAUAGCAAUCCAGUGGGGCACAUGAUCCAAGCAUCUGCUGUCUUGCAGCAGGCUAUACUUUGUGGCAAAUUUAUGUUCGCUGAUGAUUUAUGUUCAGAUCUUUUCAAAACGUUUUCGAGCUUUUCGUGCGGUGGACCUGCGGAAGUAUUGUAAGUAGGAUGGUCUCAUACAGCUGGGGUCUGUUUAUUCACAGGUAGUCUGCUCUGGUACUGUAACAUUAUACAAGACAUGUUUAGCGAGUUUUUUUAGGCCGUUUGCACAAGAACAAUCUGCUUUGUUGAGAGUGGUUUUUAGUAACUCACCGCUGUAUUCAUUUCUUUUCCCCUCA